AUUACAGGGGGCCUCUCAUCUUUCGCUUUCUUUACCCCGGCCUGUCAGCACCGCCACCUGUUCCCUCUGCAGAUUUUCCCCACUCUCUCUCUUUAUACUAACCAACUGCUUUACAGCUCCUUUGUUUUCAUCCAUCCUAAACAUUUAUGUAUGCAUCAUAUACAAUUAAAUUAUACAUACACCACCACCACCUUCUUUUGGAAGUUUCAACAGCUGAUUUUUGAUGAAAAAAGCUACUCUUUCAGUCGUACUCCUCUACACUCACCAUUUCUCUGAAAAAGCUCUACUUUUUUCAGACUGAGAGAGAGAGAGAAGUUUUUACCAGUGGGUGGGGGUUAUAACUUAUAGCUUCUUUUUGUGUUCAUAAUGUUGAUGAAAUAGUGUUUGUGAUUGGUCAAAUUAGGAGGUUUGAUUUUGUGUUGAUUUGGGUUUGGAUUCUGUGAUGAUGUGUGGCUUAAUUGAUCUGAACACCAUUAACGACGAUACUGACGAGGUUGCGGGGUCUUUGGUUCUUGAUUCUCCAUCUUCGUCGGAUUCGUAUGCAUCUCCGACCUCGGAGUUGUCUCUGUUGUCGUCUUCUCCGGUGCUCUGUAGUUUGGAGUUGUGGCACGCGUGUGCUGGACCUCUAAUUUCGUUGCCGAAGAAAGGGAACGCCGUCGUUUACUUCCCACAAGGUCACCUAGAACAACUACGCAUCUAUGAUUCUCCGGCCAUCUCCGGUGUCCAUCUCCCUCCCCACGUUUUUUGCCGUGUCACCGACGUUAAGCUUCACGCCGAAUUAAGAUCCGACGAUGUGUAUGCUCAAGUUUCACUGAUUCCCGAUGUUCAGCUGGAGAAGAAAUGGGGUGAAACAGAGGUUGAAGAGGACGACAACGGAGGUCUCGAUGAAAAACCAUCAACACCCCACAUGUUCUGCAAAACCCUCACUGCUUCCGAUACCAGCACCCAUGGCGGAUUCUCUGUCCCACGUCGGGCUGCAGAAGAUUGCUUCCCUCCUCUGGAUUAUAAACAGCAAAGACCUUCACAAGAACUUGUAGCUAAAGAUCUCCAUGGAACGGAAUGGAAGUUCCGCCAUAUCUAUCGAGGCCAACCACGGCGGCAUCUGCUAACCACCGGUUGGAGUGGUUUCGUGAACAAGAAGAAGCUUGUAUGUGGAGAUGCUGUUCUUUUUCUCAGGGGUGAUGAUGGGGUACUCAGGCUGGGUAUCCGGCGAUCAGCACAAGUAAAAACCGCACCUUGUUUCCCGGCGACCUACCGCCCCCAGUUAAACGAUUUCACCACCGUCGUCAACUCCAUUUCACAGAGUACUGUCUUCAAUGUCUCCUACAACCCAACCGCUUCUUCCAGGGGUGGCGUAUCAGAAUUCAUUCUACCAUAUCACCAAUUUAUGAAGAGUCUUCUUCCCAACAAAUUCUCACCUGGAAUGAGGUUUAAUCUUCGUGUUGAAACAGAAGAUGCAGGGGAGAGAAAACGUACAGGGAUGAUAACUGGGAUUAGCGAUGUGGACCCUGUCAAGUGGCCCGGAUCGAAAUGGAAAUGUCUGAUGGUGAGGUGGGAUGGUGUGGAAGCUACAACAAGGCAAAACAGAGUUUCUCCAUGGGAGAUUGAGCGGUGUAGCUUGGUUUCCAGAGCCGAUAGCAAUUUGUCACCCAUUGCGAAAAGGAUGAAAACUGGUUUUCCGCCCAUUUUUCACGUGCCCAAAGAUGUUGCAUCAGGAGGAGGAGCAUCGGACUUUGAGAAAUCUAUGCGAUUUCAAAAGGUCUUGCAAGGUCAAGAAAUUUUCGGUUAUAAUCAUAUAUCCUCAUUAAGGAAUAAUCUUAGCAACCUCAUUGGCAUAGGCUAUAGUAACCCAUUCCAAUUCAACGAGGUCUUGCAAGGUCAAGAAAUAUUUUUGAAACCACAAUUCGGGCACUCUUCCGUUCCACCUUACAAAAAUGCAAUCCCUCAAUAUCCUUUCUCAAAUCCUAUACACAUUUCCCAUAAUUUAAAGGCACCCAAUUUCCCCGGGCCAUAUUUCGGGCACCAUAAUAGCCAUAACCAACAUGCUCCAUCAGAAAUUGGGCAACAAGAAUCGGUUUCAAAGUGUAAAGAUAGUUGUAGACUCUUUGGUUUUUCAUUGACCGAAGGUUUGACUCAACCUGCAACAAGUUACGUUAAGAAAGGUUCUCUUCUUGUAGAUGGUGAGGAACAAGUGAAUCCAAAAAGGCACCAUGAACAAACAGAAGCUUGGGGAGCAUUUUCAAUGGCUGGUAUUGGUAAUGUGGUUGAGUUUUAGAAAAGGUUUUUGGUAUUGGUAGGUAGGUGUAGUGGAUGUUAUGAGUAGUAGAAAAACGUUGAGGUAGGAAUUGCAGCCUAAAAGCAAAAGGCUGCUAAAAGUUUGUAUUUUGAUCAUUCCUUAAACUUGAAUUAACGUAUAAUUCAAAUGUUUUGAGAUUUCUUAAAAAAGACAAAUAAGG